UGAUGCGAGGCGGGGUCUGGAGCCAAAGCCGCCCCGUCCGCCCCACCCUGGGACCUGGGCCCGUGAAUGACCCAAAGCACCUCAGUGACCACGGCGGGGACAGCUGACAGCCGGGACACCGAGACCGAGACCUGCCCACGGCUUCCAGGUUCCGGACGGCAGCUGAGACCGGCUGAGCCUCCAGGAGAUGCUGAUGCUGAUGCAGAUGCAGAGGACGAAGAUUCUGUUAAUGAAGUGGCAGUAGAAGACAUCCGUCCAAGGCCACAAGGAUCCUCUCCAGUUUAUGAAUAUUCCGUAGAAGAAGAAUAUUUAAAGCUUCAAGAAGAAAACAAAAAAUAUUCUACAGACAAAUCAAAACAAAGUCAUUCACAGGAGACAAUGGAGGUGAUCCUGAAAACAGACGUGGAAGCUGGUGCUAGUGGUUUUAGUGUGAUGGGUGGAGGAAAUGAAGGAAUAUUUAUUAAAAAAGUACUUAAGGAAUCUCCUGCUUCAAAACUAUUUAGUCUGAGAGAAGGUGAUCAGCUUCUAAGUGCUACAAUAUUUUUCGAUGAUAUCAAAUAUGAAGAUGCACUCAAGAUUCUCCAAUAUUCCGAGCCAUACAGAGUCCAAUUCAGCCUCAAAAGAAAAAUUGCUGGGAAAGAAGAGCUAGAACACAUUCACUCUACAGCACAGUACAGAAAGGAAAGAAUAAACCAGGAAAAAGAACUCAGUGAGAGCAUUCCUGAAGAAACACUGCAUGUUUCAGGAAAAGCCAUUUCAGAAGAAGAAAGGGAAACAUUAAUUGUAAGCCAAAGGGUAGGAAGAAGCAAGAGACAAAAAGAUAGGUUAUCAUGGCCAAAAUUCCAGUCAAUUAAAAAUAAAAAGAUACUUGGGCACAGAAGAUCUCAUAGUACAUCAGAUGCAUAUGAACCUGCUAUACAGGAUAUUUCUCCUACAAGCACAGACACAGAGUCUCAAUUUCAACAAGAAGUCCAUGUCAAAGAAAAAAAAGGAAGCCAAAAGAAACUGAAGUUCCCUAGCAUUGGUUUCAAAAUGCACAGAUCCAAACCAGAACCACAAGACAAGCAAAAAAAAGAGAUAAAAUCAACACUGUUAUCUGAAAGAGAAAAAAUACACAAAGAAGAUAUCAGCCUGGAAAAUCCUGAAAUCCUAAAUGUUGAAUAUACCGCAUCUCCAGCUUACGAAAUUAAAACAGGGGAGGUAUAUGAAACUUUAACAAAAGACUUGAAAGAUAUGAAAAAUGGCCUUCAAUCUCAUGCAAAAAAAUGCCCUGAAGUUGAAAUAAGCAUUAAAAAGGAAAAAGAAAAGGAGUCAACAUCAAAAUUUACUGUACCUGAAGUACCAGCUAUAACAACACAAGUAUCAAAGCCCAGUUUAGAAACACCUCAUCUGACAGAAAGCCCAACUAAACAAACACAAGCCUCAUCAAAAUCCCGAAAAAAGAAACAGAAAGGAACAGCAGAUAGAACAGAAGGAGAAAGUGGAAUUAACAUAGACAUGAUUGGUCCAACAGCACAAGGAUCUAUACAGGUAAAAGGUCUAGAAAUAGGUACUGCUAAGGCAGAAUUACACACUACAACUGACACACUGGAAAUAAGAGAAAAAAAAUCAGAAGAAGACACAAAAACACUAACAAUUCAGAAAACAAAAAUUGGGAUUUCAGUGCCCAGAAUAAAAGAGCUAGAGACUGAAAACACCAAGCUGGGAAGUGAUCCACAUUCAGUACCAGAAAAAACAGGUGAUACUACUUCAGAGGACAGCAGGAAUUUGGAUGUGAAACCUCAUAUUCCUGAUGCAGAAUCAGAAGUAUCUACUUGGAAAAUACAAAUACCAUCAUUCAAAAUAGCCAAAACACCUAAAGCUGACAUGAAAGUAUCAAGAGAAGAAAGCAGAGUUGAAUCAGUGGAUACAGUAAAAAAAGUGCAGAUAGAAGGAGAUGGCAUGCCCACAAGAUCUAAAACCUUGAAAGAGGACAUUGGCAUGAAGACAGAAGAAAAGGAUAUAGACGGGAAAGAAAGCAAAUUCAGACUGCCAAAGUUUAAAUUACCUACAUUUACCUGGGCAAGUACAAAGGAUGAAACAGGGCAAAAUGAAGGUCAGGUAAGUGAAAGGGAAAGAAAAGUUCAAUCCCUAGAAGAAGAUGAAAAACUAGAGAUGACUAUAUCAGGAGAAGAAAAAAAGCUUCCAAGUAUUGAAAUUGAAAUCGACAUUUCCAAAGAAAAAAUAAGUGACAAAGAUAUAAGAAAAAUUACAGAAGUCCAAAUCCCAGAUCAGAAAGGUCGAACUGUAGAAACGUCCGUAAUGGAUAAUCAUUUGGAAGAAGGAGAAAUACUGACUACCAAACCUGCUAUUGAAAUAAAAAAGGGUGAAGUAAGUGUAUCGUCACAGAUAAAAGAAGAAUUCUCUCAAAAUACAGAAACUGACAUCAAAGCUCCCAAGGUAGACAUCAGCCUCCCGUCCGUCGACGUCACCCUUCCGAAGGCCAGCGUCGACCUGCAGGCACCCGAGGCGGGCCUCGCCCUCGAAGGGGAAGCAAAAGCCCCCGAGAAGGAGGCCGCCAAGACCAAGGACGGCAAGUUCAAGAUGCCCAAGUUCGGCAUGCCUUCCUUUGGCUGGUCCAGCAGCAGAGAGGCCAAGGGCACCGUGGCCGCUGACGUGGACGUCAGCCUGAAGGAGCCCCAAGUGACGGUGCCCUCGGGAACCGCCGAGGUGGACGUGACCCUGCCCGGGGCCGAGAUCCAAGCGCCCGGCGUGGAGGUGGCCGUCGAGACGGCCGCCGGAGGAGACGGUGAGAAAGGUCGAUUCAAGAUGCCCGACGUCAAGAUGCCCAGCGUCAAGCUGCCCAAGGUCAAAGCUCCCCACGUGCAGGUCAGCCUGCCAAAGGCCGAGGUCUCGCUGCCCAAGGGCCAGGCCGAAGUCCAGGAGGGCGAAGUCGCCCUGCAGGGCCCCCAGGUCGAAGGCGGCCUGGAGGCGGCUGCCGGCAAAGCUGAGGGCGGCGGCAUGAAAAUCCACAUGCCGAAGGUCAAGGUGCCCAGCGUGGCCUUCUCCAAGCCGACCGUCAAGGCUCCCAAACUGGACGCCGACGUCAGCCUGCCCAAAGUCGACGCCAGCCUGCCAGAGGCAGACCUGAAGGCCGGCACCGGCGCCGUCAGCAUUGCGGCCCCCGACAUCCAGCUGCCCUCCGUCGAAGGCUCCCUCGAGCUCCAGGCGCCCGAGAUAGCGCUCAAAGUGCCCUCUGCCGAAGGGUCGCUCGACGGGGCCGAGCUGGAAGGCGCGGGUCUGAAAGGGAAGUUUAAGAUGCCCAAGUUCGACAAGCCCAAAUUCGGGGUGUCGCCCCUCAAGGCAGAAGGGCCCGAAGGCGAGCUCAGCCUGGCCGCCGCAGAGGUCGACCUCCCCUCCGCCACCGUGACGGCCGCAGGGGAGGGCCCCGCGCUGGGCCUGAAAGCCGACGUGCCCGGCGCCAAAAGCGACGGGGCCGGCUGGAAGCUGGAGAAGCCCUCCCUCAAAAUGCCCAAAGCUGACAUCAAAGCUCCCAAGGUAGACAUCAGCCUCCCGUCCGUCGACGUCACCCUUCCGAAGGCCAGCGUCGACCUGCAGGCACCCGAGGCGGGCCUCGCCCUCGAAGGGGAAGCAAAAGCCCCCGAGAAGGAGGCCGCCAAGACCAAGGACGGCAAGUUCAAGAUGCCCAAGUUCGGCAUGCCUUCCUUUGGCUGGUCCAGCAGCAGAGAGGCCAAGGGCACCGUGGCCGCUGACGUGGACGUCAGCCUGAAGGAGCCCCAAGUGACGGUGCCCUCGGGAACCGCCGAGGUGGACGUGACCCUGCCCGGGGCCGAGAUCCAAGCGCCCGGCGUGGAGGUGGCCGUCGAGACGGCCGCCGGAGGAGACGGUGAGAAAGGUCGAUUCAAGAUGCCCGACGUCAAGAUGCCCAGCGUCAAGCUGCCCAAGGUCAAAGCUCCCCACGUGCAGGUCAGCCUGCCAAAGGCCGAGGUCUCGCUGCCCAAGGGCCAGGCCGAAGUCCAGGAGGGCGAAGUCGCCCUGCAGGGCCCCCAGGUCGAAGGCAGCCUGGAGGCGGCUGCCGGCAAAGCUGAGGGCGGCAGCAUGAAAAUCCACAUGCCGAAGGUCAAGGUGCCCAGCGUGGCCUUCUCCAAGCCGACCGUCAAGGCUCCCAAACUGGACGCCGACGUCAGCCUGCCCAAAGUCGACGCCAGCCUGCCAGAGGCAGACCUGAAGGCCGGCACCGGCGCCGUCAGCAUUGCGGCCCCCGACAUCCAGCUGCCCUCCGUCGAAGGCUCCCUCGAGCUCCAGGCGCCCGAGAUAGCGCUCAAAGUGCCCUCUGCCGAAGGGUCGCUCGACGGGGCCGAGCUGGAAGGCGCGGGUCUGAAAGGGAAGUUUAAGAUGCCCAAGUUCGACAAGCCCAAAUUCGGGGUGUCGCCCCUCAAGGCAGAAGGGCCCGAAGGCGAGCUCAGCCUGGCCGCCGCAGAGGUCGACCUCCCCUCCGCCACCGUGACGGCCGCAGGGGAGGGCCCCGCGCUGGGCCUGAAAGCCGACGUGCCCGGCGCCAAAAGCGACGGGGCCGGCUGGAAGCUGGAGAAGCCCUCCCUCAAAAUGCCCAAAGCUGACAUCAAAGCUCCCAAGGUAGACAUCAGCCUCCCGUCCGUCGACGUCACCCUUCCGAAGGCCAGCGUCGACCUGCAGGCACCCGAGGCGGGCCUCGCCCUCGAAGGGGAAGCAAAAGCCCCCGAGAAGGAGGCCGCCAAGACCAAGGACGGCAAGUUCAAGAUGCCCAAGUUCGGCAUGCCUUCCUUUGGCUGGUCCAGCAGCAGAGAGGCCAAGGGCACCGUGGCCGCUGACGUGGACGUCAGCCUGAAGGAGCCCCAAGUGACGGUGCCCUCGGGAACCGCCGAGGUGGACGUGACCCUGCCCGGGGCCGAGAUCCAAGCGCCCAGCGUGGAGGUGGCCGUCGAGACGGCCGCCGGAGGAGACGGUGAGAAAGGUCGAUUCAAGAUGCCCGACGUCAAGAUGCCCAGCGUCAAGCUGCCCAAGGUCAAAGCUCCCCACGUGCAGGUCAGCCUGCCAAAGGCCGAGGUCUCGCUGCCCAAGGGCCAGGCCGAAGUCCAGGAGGGCGAAGUCGCCCUGCAGGGCCCCCAGGUCGAAGGCGGCCUGGAGGCGGCUGCCGGCAAAGCUGAGGGCGGCGGCAUGAAAAUCCACAUGCCGAAGGUCAAGGUGCCCAGCGUGGCCUUCUCCAAGCCGACCGUCAAGGCUCCCAAACUGGACGCCGACGUCAGCCUGCCCAAAGUCGACGCCAGCCUGCCAGAGGCAGACCUGAAGGCCGGCACCGGCGCCGUCAGCAUUGCGGCCCCCGACAUCCAGCUGCCCUCCGUCGAAGGCUCCCUCGAGCUCCAGGCGCCCGAGAUAGCGCUCAAAGUGCCCUCUGCCGAAGGGUCGCUCGACGGGGCCGAGCUGGAAGGCGCGGGUCUGAAAGGGAAGUUUAAGAUGCCCAAGUUCGACAAGCCCAAAUUCGGGGUGUCGCCCCUCAAGGCAGAAGGGCCCGAAGGCGAGCUCAGCCUGGCCGCCGCAGAGGUCGACCUCCCCUCCGCCACCGUGACGGCCGCAGGGGAGGGCCCCGCGCUGGGCCUGAAAGCCGACGUGCCCGGCGCCAAAAGCGACGGGGCCGGCUGGAAGCUGGAGAAGCCCUCCCUCAAAAUGCCCAAAGCUGACAUCAAAGCUCCCAAGGUAGACAUCAGCCUCCCGUCCGUCGACGUCACCCUUCCGAAGGCCAGCGUCGACCUGCAGGCACCCGAGGCGGGCCUCGCCCUCGAAGGGGAAGCAAAAGCCCCCGAGAAGGAGGCCGCCAAGACCAAGGACGGCAAGUUCAAGAUGCCCAAGUUCGGCAUGCCUUCCUUUGGCUGGUCCAGCAGCAGAGAGGCCAAGGGCACCGUGGCCGCUGACGUGGACGUCAGCCUGAAGGAGCCCCAAGUGACGGUGCCCUCGGGAACCGCCGAGGUGGACGUGACCCUGCCCGGGGCCGAGAUCCAAGCGCCCGGCGUGGAGGUGGCCGUCGAGACGGCCGCCGGAGGAGACGGUGAGAAAGGUCGAUUCAAGAUGCCCGACGUCAAGAUGCCCAGCGUCAAGCUGCCCAAGGUCAAAGCUCCCCACGUGCAGGUCAGCCUGCCAAAGGCCGAGGUCUCGCUGCCCAAGGGCCAGGCCGAAGUCCAGGAGGGCGAAGUCGCCCUGCAGGGCCCCCAGGUCGAAGGCGGCCUGGAGGCGGCUGCCGGCAAAGCUGAGGGCGGCGGCAUGAAAAUCCACAUGCCGAAGGUCAAGGUGCCCAGCGUGGCCUUCUCCAAGCCGACCGUCAAGGCUCCCAAACUGGACGCCGACGUCAGCCUGCCCAAAGUCGACGCCAGCCUGCCAGAGGCAGACCUGAAGGCCGGCACCGGCGCCGUCAGCAUUGCGGCCCCCGACAUCCAGCUGCCCUCCGUCGAAGGCUCCCUCGAGCUCCAGGCGCCCGAGAUAGCGCUCAAAGUGCCCUCUGCCGAAGGGUCGCUCGACGGGGCCGAGCUGGAAGGCGCGGGUCUGAAAGGGAAGUUUAAGAUGCCCAAGUUCGACAAGCCCAAAUUCGGGGUGUCGCCCCUCAAGGCAGAAGGGCCCGAAGGCGAGCUCAGCCUGGCCGCCGCAGAGGUCGACCUCCCCUCCGCCACCGUGACGGCCGCAGGGGAGGGCCCCGCGCUGGGCCUGAAAGCCGACGUGCCCGGCGCCAAAAGCGACGGGGCCGGCUGGAAGCUGGAGAAGCCCUCCCUCAAAAUGCCCAAAGCUGACAUCAAAGCUCCCAAGGUAGACAUCAGCCUCCCGUCCGUCGACGUCACCCUUCCGAAGGCCAGCGUCGACCUGCAGGCACCCGAGGCGGGCCUCGCCCUCGAAGGGGAAGCAAAAGCCCCCGAGAAGGAGGCCGCCAAGACCAAGGACGGCAAGUUCAAGAUGCCCAAGUUCGGCAUGCCUUCCUUUGGCUGGUCCAGCAGCAGAGAGGCCAAGGGCACCGUGGCCGCUGACGUGGACGUCAGCCUGAAGGAGCCCCAAGUGACGGUGCCCUCGGGAACCGCCGAGGUGGACGUGACCCUGCCCGGGGCCGAGAUCCAAGCGCCCGGCGUGGAGGUGGCCGUCGAGACGGCCGCCGGAGGAGACGGUGAGAAAGGUCGAUUCAAGAUGCCCGACGUCAAGAUGCCCAGCGUCAAGCUGCCCAAGGUCAAAGCUCCCCACGUGCAGGUCAGCCUGCCAAAGGCCGAGGUCUCGCUGCCCAAGGGCCAGGCCGAAGUCCAGGAGGGCGAAGUCGCCCUGCAGGGCCCCCAGGUCGAAGGCGGCCUGGAGGCGGCUGCCGGCAAAGCUGAGGGCGGCGGCAUGAAAAUCCACAUGCCGAAGGUCAAGGUGCCCAGCGUGGCCUUCUCCAAGCCGACCGUCAAGGCUCCCAAACUGGACGCCGACGUCAGCCUGCCCAAAGUCGACGCCAGCCUGCCAGCGGCAGACCUGAAGGCCGGCACCGGCGCCGUCAGCAUUGCGGCCCCCGACAUCCAGCUGCCCUCCGUCGAAGGCUCCCUCGAGCUCCAGGCGCCCGAGAUAGCGCUCAAAGUGCCCUCUGCCGAAGGGUCGCUCGACGGGGCCGAGCUGGAAGGCGCGGGUCUGAAAGGGAAGUUUAAGAUGCCCAAGUUCGACAAGCCCAAAUUCGGGGUGUCGCCCCUCAAGGCAGAAGGGCCCGAAGGCGAGCUCAGCCUGGCCGCCGCAGAGGUCGACCUCCCCUCCGCCACCGUGACGGCCGCAGGGGAGGGCCCCGCGCUGGGCCUGAAAGCCGACGUGCCCGGCGCCAAAAGCGACGGGGCCGGCUGGAAGCUGGAGAAGCCCUCCCUCAAAAUGCCCAAAGCUGACAUCAAAGCUCCCAAGGUAGACAUCAGCCUCCCGUCCGUCGACGUCACCCUUCCGAAGGCCAGCGUCGACCUGCAGGCACCCGAGGCGGGCCUCGCCCUCGAAGGGGAAGCAAAAGCCCCCGAGAAGGAGGCCGCCAAGACCAAGGACGGCAAGUUCAAGAUGCCCAAGUUCGGCAUGCCUUCCUUUGGCUGGUCCAGCAGCAGAGAGGCCAAGGGCACCGUGGCCGCUGACGUGGACGUCAGCCUGAAGGAGCCCCAAGUGACGGUGCCCUCGGGAACCGCCGAGGUGGACGUGACCCUGCCCGGGGCCGAGAUCCAAGCGCCCGGCGUGGAGGUGGCCGUCGAGACGGCCGCCGGAGGAGACGGUGAGAAAGGUCGAUUCAAGAUGCCCGACGUCAAGAUGCCCAGCGUCAAGCUGCCCAAGGUCAAAGCUCCCCACGUGCAGGUCAGCCUGCCAAAGGCCGAGGUCUCGCUGCCCAAGGGCCAGGCCGAAGUCCAGGAGGGCGAAGUCGCCCUGCAGGGCCCCCAGGUCGAAGGCGGCCUGGAGGCGGCUGCCGGCAAAGCUGAGGGCGGCGGCAUGAAAAUCCACAUGCCGAAGGUCAAGGUGCCCAGCGUGGCCUUCUCCAAGCCGACCGUCAAGGCUCCCAAACUGGACGCCGACGUCAGCCUGCCCAAAGUCGACGCCAGCCUGCCAGAGGCAGACCUGAAGGCCGGCACCGGCGCCGUCAGCAUUGCGGCCCCCGACAUCCAGCUGCCCUCCGUCGAAGGCUCCCUCGAGCUCCAGGCGCCCGAGAUAGCGCUCAAAGUGCCCUCUGCCGAAGGGUCGCUCGACGGGGCCGAGCUGGAAGGCGCGGGUCUGAAAGGGAAGUUUAAGAUGCCCAAGUUCGACAAGCCCAAAUUCGGGGUGUCGCCCCUCAAGGCAGAAGGGCCCGAAGGCGAGCUCAGCCUGGCCGCCGCAGAGGUCGACCUCCCCUCCGCCACCGUGACGGCCGCAGGGGAGGGCCCCGCGCUGGGCCUGAAAGCCGACGUGCCCGGCGCCAAAAGCGACGGGGCCGGCUGGAAGCUGGAGAAGCCCUCCCUCAAAAUGCCCAAAGCUGACAUCAAAGCUCCCAAGGUAGACAUCAGCCUCCCGUCCGUCGACGUCACCCUUCCGAAGGCCAGCGUCGACCUGCAGGCACCCGAGGCGGGCCUCGCCCUCGAAGGGGAAGCAAAAGCCCCCGAGAAGGAGGCCGCCAAGACCAAGGACGGCAAGUUCAAGAUGCCCAAGUUCGGCAUGCCUUCCUUUGGCUGGUCCAGCAGCAGAGAGGCCAAGGGCACCGUGGCCGCUGACGUGGACGUCAGCCUGAAGGAGCCCCAAGUGACGGUGCCCUCGGGAACCGCCGAGGUGGACGUGACCCUGCCCGGGGCCGAGAUCCAAGCGCCCGGCGUGGAGGUGGCCGUCGAGACGGCCGCCGGAGGAGACGGUGAGAAAGGUCGAUUCAAGAUGCCCGACGUCAAGAUGCCCAGCGUCAAGCUGCCCAAGGUCAAAGCUCCCCACGUGCAGGUCAGCCUGCCAAAGGCCGAGGUCUCGCUGCCCAAGGGCCAGGCCGAAGUCCAGGAGGGCGAAGUCGCCCUGCAGGGCCCCCAGGUCGAAGGCGGCCUGGAGGCGGCUGCCGGCAAAGCUGAGGGCGGCGGCAUGAAAAUCCACAUGCCGAAGGUCAAGGUGCCCAGCGUGGCCUUCUCCAAGCCGACCGUCAAGGCUCCCAAACUGGACGCCGACGUCAGCCUGCCCAAAGUCGACGCCAGCCUGCCAGAGGCAGACCUGAAGGCCGGCACCGGCGCCGUCAGCAUUGCGGCCCCCGACAUCCAGCUGCCCUCCGUCGAAGGCUCCCUCGAGCUCCAGGCGCCCGAGAUAGCGCUCAAAGUGCCCUCUGCCGAAGGGUCGCUCGACGGGGCCGAGCUGGAAGGCGCGGGUCUGAAAGGGAAGUUUAAGAUGCCCAAGUUCGACAAGCCCAAAUUCGGGGUGUCGCCCCUCAAGGCAGAAGGGCCCGAAGGCGAGCUCAGCCUGGCCGCCGCAGAGGUCGACCUCCCCUCCGCCACCGUGACGGCCGCAGGGGAGGGCCCCGCGCUGGGCCUGAAAGCCGACGUGCCCGGCGCCAAAAGCGACGGGGCCGGCUGGAAGCUGGAGAAGCCCUCCCUCAAAAUGCCCAAAGCUGACAUCAAAGCUCCCAAGGUAGACAUCAGCCUCCCGUCCGUCGACGUCACCCUUCCGAAGGCCAGCGUCGACCUGCAGGCACCCGAGGCGGGCCUCGCCCUCGAAGGGGAAGCAAAAGCCCCCGAGAAGGAGGCCGCCAAGACCAAGGACGGCAAGUUCAAGAUGCCCAAGUUCGGCAUGCCUUCCUUUGGCUGGUCCAGCAGCAGAGAGGCCAAGGGCACCGUGGCCGCUGACGUGGACGUCAGCCUGAAGGAGCCCCAAGUGACGGUGCCCUCGGGAACCGCCGAGGUGGACGUGACCCUGCCCGGGGCCGAGAUCCAAGCGCCCGGCGUGGAGGUGGCCGUCGAGACGGCCGCCGGAGGAGACGGUGAGAAAGGUCGAUUCAAGAUGCCCGACGUCAAGAUGCCCAGCGUCAAGCUGCCCAAGGUCAAAGCUCCCCACGUGCAGGUCAGCCUGCCAAAGGCCGAGGUCUCGCUGCCCAAGGGCCAGGCCGAAGUCCAGGAGGGCGAAGUCGCCCUGCAGGGCCCCCAGGUCGAAGGCGGCCUGGAGGCGGCUGCCGGCAAAGCUGAGGGCGGCGGCAUGAAAAUCCACAUGCCGAAGGUCAAGGUGCCCAGCGUGGCCUUCUCCAAGCCGACCGUCAAGGCUCCCAAACUGGACGCCGACGUCAGCCUGCCCAAAGUCGACGCCAGCCUGCCAGAGGCAGACCUGAAGGCCGGCACCGGCGCCGUCAGCAUUGCGGCCCCCGACAUCCAGCUGCCCUCCGUCGAAGGCUCCCUCGAGCUCCAGGCGCCCGAGAUAGCGCUCAAAGUGCCCUCUGCCGAAGGGUCGCUCGACGGGGCCGAGCUGGAAGGCGCGGGUCUGAAAGGGAAGUUUAAGAUGCCCAAGUUCGACAAGCCCAAAUUCGGGGUGUCGCCCCUCAAGGCAGAAGGGCCCGAAGGCGAGCUCAGCCUGGCCGCCGCAGAGGUCGACCUCCCCUCCGCCACCGUGACGGCCGCAGGGGAGGGCCCCGCGCUGGGCCUGAAAGCCGACGUGCCCGGCGCCAAAAGCGACGGGGCCGGCUGGAAGCUGGAGAAGCCCUCCCUCAAAAUGCCCAAAGCUGACAUCAAAGCUCCCAAGGUAGACAUCAGCCUCCCGUCCGUCGACGUCACCCUUCCGAAGGCCAGCGUCGACCUGCAGGCACCCGAGGCGGGCCUCGCCCUCGAAGGGGAAGCAAAAGCCCCCGAGAAGGAGGCCGCCAAGACCAAGGACGGCAAGUUCAAGAUGCCCAAGUUCGGCAUGCCUUCCUUUGGCUGGUCCAGCAGCAGAGAGGCCAAGGGCACCGUGGCCGCUGACGUGGACGUCAGCCUGAAGGAGCCCCAAGUGACGGUGCCCUCGGGAACCGCCGAGGUGGACGUGACCCUGCCCGGGGCCGAGAUCCAAGCGCCCGGCGUGGAGGUGGCCGUCGAGACGGCCGCCGGAGGAGACGGUGAGAAAGGUCGAUUCAAGAUGCCCGACGUCAAGAUGCCCAGCGUCAAGCUGCCCAAGGUCAAAGCUCCCCACGUGCAGGUCAGCCUGCCAAAGGCCGAGGUCUCGCUGCCCAAGGGCCAGGCCGAAGUCCAGGAGGGCGAAGUCGCCCUGCAGGGCCCCCAGGUCGAAGGCGGCCUGGAGGCGGCUGCCGGCAAAGCUGAGGGCGGCGGCAUGAAAAUCCACAUGCCGAAGGUCAAGGUGCCCAGCGUGGCCUUCUCCAAGCCGACCGUCAAGGCUCCCAAACUGGACGCCGACGUCAGCCUGCCCAAAGUCGACGCCAGCCUGCCAGCGGCAGACCUGAAGGCCGGCACCGGCGCCGUCAGCAUUGCGGCCCCCGACAUCCAGCUGCCCUCCGUCGAAGGCUCCCUCGAGCUCCAGGCGCCCGAGAUAGCGCUCAAAGUGCCCUCUGCCGAAGGGUCGCUCGACGGGGCCGAGCUGGAAGGCGCGGGUCUGAAAGGGAAGUUUAAGAUGCCCAAGUUCGACAAGCCCAAAUUCGGGGUGUCGCCCCUCAAGGCAGAAGGGCCCGAAGGCGAGCUCAGCCUGGCCGCCGCAGAGGUCGACCUCCCCUCCGCCACCGUGACGGCCGCAGGGGAGGGCCCCGCGCUGGGCCUGAAAGCCGACGUGCCCGGCGCCAAAAGCGACGGGGCCGGCUGGAAGCUGGAGAAGCCCUCCCUCAAAAUGCCCAAAGCUGACAUCAAAGCUCCCAAGGUAGACAUCAGCCUCCCGUCCGUCGACGUCACCCUUCCGAAGGCCAGCGUCGACCUGCAGGCACCCGAGGCGGGCCUCGCCCUCGAAGGGGAAGCAAAAGCCCCCGAGAAGGAGGCCGCCAAGACCAAGGACGGCAAGUUCAAGAUGCCCAAGUUCGGCAUGCCUUCCUUUGGCUGGUCCAGCAGCAGAGAGGCCAAGGGCACCGUGGCCGCUGACGUGGAUGUCAGCCUGAAGGAGCCCCAAGUGACGGUGCCCUCGGGAACCGCCGAGGUGGACGUGACCCUGCCCGGGGCCGAGAUCCAAGCGCCCGGCGUGGAGGUGGCCGUCGAGACGGCCGCUGGAGGAGACGGUGAGAAAGGUCGAUUCAAGAUGCCCGACGUCAAGAUGCCCAGCGUCAAGCUGCCCAAGGUCAAAGCUCCCCACGUGCAGGUCAGCCUGCCAAAGGCCGAGGUCUCGCUGCCCAAGGGCCAGGCCGAAGUCCAGGAGGGCGAAGUCGCCCUGCAGGGCCCCCAGGUCGAAGGCGGCCUGGAGGCGGCUGCCGGCAAAGCUGAGGGCGGCGGCAUGAAAAUCCACAUGCCGAAGGUCAAGGUGCCCAGCGUGGCCUUCUCCAAGCCGACCGUCAAGGCUCCCAAACUGGACGCCGACGUCAGCCUGCCCAAAGUCGACGCCAGCCUGCCAGAGGCAGACCUGAAGGCCGGCACCGGCGCCGUCAGCAUUGCGGCCCCCGACAUCCAGCUGCCCUCCGUCGAAGGCUCCCUCGAGCUCCAGGCGCCCGAGAUAGCGCUCAAAGUGCCCUCUGCCGAAGGGUCGCUCGACGGGGCCGAGCUGGAAGGCGCGGGUCUGAAAGGGAAGUUUAAGAUGCCCAAGUUCGACAAGCCCAAAUUCGGGGUGUCGCCCCUCAAGGCAGAAGGGCCCGAAGGCGAGCUCAGCCUGGCCGCCGCAGAGGUCGACCUCCCCUCCGCCACCGUGACGGCCGCAGGGGAGGGCCCCGCGCUGGGCCUGAAAGCCGACGUGCCCGGCGCCAAAAGCGACGGGGCCGGCUGGAAGCUGGAGAAGCCCUCCCUCAAAAUGCCCAAAGCUGACAUCAAAGCUCCCAAGGUAGACAUCAGCCUCCCGUCCGUCGACGUCACCCUUCCGAAGGCCAGCGUCGACCUGCAGGCACCCGAGGCGGGCCUCGCCCUCGAAGGGGAAGCAAAAGCCCCCGAGAAGGAGGCCGCCAAGACCAAGGACGGCAAGUUCAAGAUGCCCAAGUUCGGCAUGCCUUCCUUUGGCUGGUCCAGCAGCAGAGAGGCCAAGGGCACCGUGGCCGCUGACGUGGACGUCAGCCUGAAGGAGCCCCAAGUGACGGUGCCCUCGGGAACCGCCGAGGUGGACGUGACCCUGCCCGGGGCCGAGAUCCAAGCGCCCGGCGUGGAGGUGGCCGUCGAGACGGCCGCUGGAGGAGACGGUGAGAAAGGUCGAUUCAAGAUGCCCGACGUCAAGAUGCCCAGCGUCAAGCUGCCCAAGGUCAAAGCUCCCCACGUGCAGGUCAGCCUGCCAAAGGCCGAGGUCUCGCUGCCCAAGGGCCAGGCCGAAGUCCAGGAGGGCGAAGUCGCCCUGCAGGGCCCCCAGGUCGAAGGCGGCCUGGAGGCGGCUGCCGGCAAAGCUGAGGGCGGCGGCAUGAAAAUCCACAUGCCGAAGGUCAAGGUGCCCAGCGUGGCCUUCUCCAAGCCGACCGUCAAGGCUCCCAAACUGGACGCCGACGUCAGCCUGCCCAAAGUCGACGCCAGCCUGCCAGAGGCAGACCUGAAGGCCGGCACCGGCGCCGUCAGCAUUGCGGCCCCCGACAUCCAGCUGCCCUCCGUCGAAGGCUCCCUCGAGCUCCAGGCGCCCGAGAUAGCGCUCAAAGUGCCCUCUGCCGAAGGGUCGCUCGACGGGGCCGAGCUGGAAGGCGCGGGUCUGAAAGGGAAGUUUAAGAUGCCCAAGUUCGACAAGCCCAAAUUCGGGGUGUCGCCCCUCAAGGCAGAAGGGCCCGAAGGCGAGCUCAGCCUGGCCGCCGCAGAGGUCGACCUCCCCUCCGCCACCGUGACGGCCGCAGGGGAGGGCCCCGCGCUGGGCCUGAAAGCCGACGUGCCCGGCGCCAAAAGCGACGGGGCCGGCUGGAAGCUGGAGAAGCCCUCCCUCAAAAUGCCCAAAGCUGACAUCAAAGCUCCCAAGGUAGACAUCAGCCUCCCGUCCGUCGACGUCACCCUUCCGAAGGCCAGCGUCGACCUGCAGGCACCCGAGGCGGGCCUCGCCCUCGAAGGGGAAGCAAAAGCCCCCGAGAAGGAGGCCGCCAAGACCAAGGACGGCAAGUUCAAGAUGCCCAAGUUCGGCAUGCCUUCCUUUGGCUGGUCCAGCAGCAGAGAGGCCAAGGGCACCGUGGCCGCUGACGUGGACGUCAGCCUGAAGGAGCCCCAAGUGACGGUGCCCUCGGGAACCGCCGAGGUGGACGUGACCCUGCCCGGGGCCGAGAUCCAAGCGCCCGGCGUGGAGGUGGCCGUCGAGACGGCCGCCGGAGGAGACGGUGAGAAAGGUCGAUUCAAGAUGCCCGACGUCAAGAUGCCCAGCGUCAAGCUGCCCAAGGUCAAAGCUCCCCACGUGCAGGUCAGCCUGCCAAAGGCCGAGGUCUCGCUGCCCAAGGGCCAGGCCGAAGUCCAGGAGGGCGAAGUCGCCCUGCAGGGCCCCCAGGUCGAAGGCGUCCUGGAGGCGGCUGCCGGCAAAGCUGAGGGCGGCGGCAUGAAAAUCCACAUGCCGAAGGUCAAGGUGCCCAGCGUGGCCUUCUCCAAGCCGACCGUCAAGGCUCCCAAACUGGACGCCGACGUCAGCCUGCCCAAAGUCGACGCCAGCCUGCCAGAGGCAGACCUGAAGGCCGGCACCGGCGCCGUCAGCAUUGCGGCCCCCGACAUCCAGCUGCCCUCCGUCGAAGGCUCCCUCGAGCUCCAGGCGCCCGAGAUAGCGCUCAAAGUGCCCUCUGCCGAAGGGUCGCUCGACGGGGCCGAGCUGGAAGGCGCGGGUCUGAAAGGGAAGUUUAAGAUGCCCAAGUUCGACAAGCCCAAAUUCGGGGUGUCGCCCCUCAAGGCAGAAGGGCCCGAAGGCGAGCUCAGCCUGGCCGCCGCAGAGGUCGACCUCCCCUCCGCCACCGUGACGGCCGCAGGGGAGGGCCCCGCGCUGGGCCUGAAAGCCGACGUGCCCGGCGCCAAAAGCGACGGGGCCGGCUGGAAGCUGGAGAAGCCCUCCCUCAAAAUGCCCAAAGCUGACAUCAAAGCUCCCAAGGUAGACAUCAGCCUCCCGUCCGUCGACGUCACCCUUCCGAAGGCCAGCGUCGACCUGCAGGCACCCGAGGCGGGCCUCGCCCUCGAAGGGGAAGCAAAAGCCCCCGAGAAGGAGGCCGCCAAGACCAAGGACGGCAAGUUCAAGAUGCCCAAGUUCGGCAUGCCUUCCUUUGGCUGGUCCAGCAGCAGAGAGGCCAAGGGCACCGUGGCCGCUGACGUGGACGUCAGCCUGAAGGAGCCCCAAGUGACGGUGCCCUCGGGAACCGCCGAGGUGGACGUGACCCUGCCCGGGGCCGAGAUCCAAGCGCCCGGCGUGGAGGUGGCCGUCGAGACGGCCGCCGGAGGAGACGGUGAGAAAGGUCGAUUCAAGAUGCCCGACGUCAAGAUGCCCAGCGUCAAGCUGCCCAAGGUCAAAGCUCCCCACGUGCAGGUCAGCCUGCCAAAGGCCGAGGUCUCGCUGCCCAAGGGCCAGGCCGAAGUCCAGGAGGGCGAAGUCGCCCUGCAGGGCCCCCAGGUCGAAGGCGGCCUGGAGGCGGCUGCCGGCAAAGCUGAGGGCGGCGGCAUGAAAAUCCACAUGCCGAAGGUCAAGGUGCCCAGCGUGGCCUUCUCCAAGCCGACCGUCAAGGCUCCCAAACUGGACGCCGACGUCAGCCUGCCCAAAGUCGACGCCAGCCUGCCAGAGGCAGACCUGAAGGCCGGCACCGGCGCCGUCAGCAUUGCGGCCCCCGACAUCCAGCUGCCCUCCGUCGAAGGCUCCCUCGAGCUCCAGGCGCCCGAGAUAGCGCUCAAAGUGCCCUCUGCCGAAGGGUCGCUCGACGGGGCCGAGCUGGAAGGCGCGGGUCUGAAAGGGAAGUUUAAGAUGCCCAAGUUCGACAAGCCCAAAUUCGGGGUGUCGCCCCUCAAGGCAGAAGGGCCCGAAGGCGAGCUCAGCCUGGCCGCCGCAGAGGUCGACCUCCCCUCCGCCACCGUGACGGCCGCAGGGGAGGGCCCCGCGCUGGGCCUGAAAGCCGACGUGCCCGGCGCCAAAAGCGACGGGGCCGGCUGGAAGCUGGAGAAGCCCUCCCUCAAAAUGCCCAAAGCUGACAUCAAAGCUCCCAAGGUAGACAUCAGCCUCCCGUCCGUCGACGUCACCCUUCCGAAGGCCAGCGUCGACCUGCAGGCACCCGAGGCGGGCCUCGCCCUCGAAGGGGAAGCAAAAGCCCCCGAGAAGGAGGCCGCCAAGACCAAGGACGGCAAGUUCAAGAUGCCCAAGUUCGGCAUGCCUUCCUUUGGCUGGUCCAGCAGCAGAGAGGCCAAGGGCACCGUGGCCGCUGACGUGGACGUCAGCCUGAAGGAGCCCCAAGUGACGGUGCCCUCGGGAACCGCCGAGGUGGACGUGACCCUGCCCGGGGCCGAGAUCCAAGCGCCUGCCUUUGACGUUGGCAUAGAUUCUUCCUCCCGAAAAGAGGAUGAGAGUGGUAAAGCUAAAAGUUCUCUUUUUAGAAUUCCUAGGGUUUCCCUUUCUAAAAGUUCUAAACCACAUUCUCAGAGUAAGGCUGGUGUUGAAUUUUCUGGGUCAGAAAUUCUUUCUUAUUCAGUUAUAGAGGAUGCUCCUGCAGUUCUUUCAGGCAGUGUCGGAUCUAAGCUUCUUCAUGACAGUAAGGUUGAUAGUGGCUCUAAGUCUACUAAAUUCAGAAUUCCUAACUUGGGUUUUUCCAAAAUUGAUAUUGAUUCUUCUAAAAUUCAACAUGAUUCCCCAUUUCCUAAAGACGAUAUUACUCUUACUAAAUAUCAAAUGAAUCUAGGAGAAUCUGAAUCAAAAAUAUCAUCUCUUAUUGAUGAAGAUUGUUCUGUAACAGAUUUUGAAAUUUUAAAUGAAGAUAUUUCUUUGGAGGAAGGAAUUCUGAAGCCAGGAUUGAAAACUCCUGCUGCUGAAAUAUCUGUGGGUGACACAGAGGUUACAGUUAAAAUUCCUAAAUUCCGAAAGCCAAAAUUUGGAAUUUCUUGGUCUAAGGGAAAACCCUCAGAAAGUGACAUUGGUUCCAAAGUGGAAUCUGAAAUUUCCCAAUGCAGGAUAACAUCUUAUGUAGCUGAUACUGAUUUUGAAAAAAGAACGCAGAUCUCUGAUGCCCAGUUAGGUGUAAAGAUGUACAAACCCUCACCUGAAUUUUGUCUGGAUGCACCAACAUUGGAUGUCAGUCUCCCAUCAAUGGAAGUUACCAUGCCAAAAUUAGAAGUAGAAGUCCAUGGCCUAGAUUUAGAGUGCAGUGCAGAACAGGAAAUAGUUUCCAAAGACAAGGACACUGAGGAGAAAGAAAACAAAUUUAAAACAUCAAAAUUCAAACUUCCUUCAUUUAGUUGGUCGCCAAAGAAAGAAGUUAUUGGUCCUUCUGAAGUUGAGGUACAUCUGGAAGAACCAACUUUGUCUUCUCUAUCUGGAGACACAGAAUCUGAAAUAAAAUUUCCUACCCCUGAUAAUCAAUACCCUCACAUGGAAUUUGAUACAUCAACAGAAAAGGAUAGUGAAAAGAGCAGAAACAAGAAGUCCCAAUUUAUUAUGCCAAAGAUCUCAUUUCCUAAAAUUAAAGGUCAAAAAGGCCAGAUCUCUCUGCCCAUAGUGGAAGCUGAUGCUUGUGCUCCCAAAGAAGAAAAAGAAGGUGUUUCAGUAGAGAAAUCUGAGAAAGGGACUAGUGGAGAAGGGGCAGGAAUGGGCAUAAAAAUGCCAAAAGUUACGGUCCCUACGUUGGAAUUUUCCAAACCAGGAGUCAAAUCUCCCAAAAUAGACAUGGAUAUUAGAAUGCCUACAGAUGAGGUCAUACUUCCUAGAUGUGAAGAAGAUGACCUGACAUUGAAAUCAGCUGCUGUUAAUGCCAGCCUCUCCACCUCAGAUAUUAAGAUAGUAACUGAGGGCUCCCUUGAGGUAGAGUGUCCUGACACAAGUGCUGAAAGAACAUCAAGUGAAAUUGCUGUAGGUGAUGUAGAAAUAAAAAUUGAAGGUCCUGAAGGGAAAACAAAAAUGUCUAAAUUCCAAAUGCCAAAGUUUGGAAUUACACAUUCUAAAGGGAAAGGAUCAGAAAAGGAGGUCAUCCAAUCCAAAUCAGAAGUCAAGGUUCCCCAACUAAAAUCAAUGGUAGAAAUAGCUGACAUUGCUGUUGAAGCACCAAAUUUGGAGGUGAAAUGUGGUACAGGAACAGAAACUUACAGCUCUAAAGUCAAAAUGACCAAAGCUGACAAUAAGGCAUCAGAGGCUGAUGUUCACCUCCCACCAGCUGGCAUUUUUAUUCCAAAACCAGACAGUGAUAUUCAGGAUUCAGAUGCAGCACUAAAAAUAAAAGGGGAAAUAAAACAAGAUGGAGAUGGAGAAGAGAAAGAAGGGCAUUUCAAAAUGCCAAAAUUCAAACUUCCAUCCUUCAGUUGGUCACCAAAGAAGGAAGCAAGUGUUAAACAGGAUUCUGGAGCAAAUUUGGAAGAUCAUAAACUUGCUCUAAUGUCAAGCAGAGUAGACACAGAAGUGAGAGGAACUGCAACUGAUGAUCAAGGUACUGGGACAGCCCUUGAUCUGGAAGUAUCUGCAGGAAAAGUUGAACAAAAAAGUCCAGUUAAAAAGCCUCAGUUUGUCAUGCCUAAAAUUUCUCUCUCUAAGAUCAAGGUUCCCAAAUCUCAGACUCAUUCACCAAAAGUUGGAGCUGAUGCUACUAUUCCUAAAACAGAAAGAGAGGGUGAUGAUUCAAUACAGAUACCUGAUAUAGAAAGAAGUCAUGCUGAAAGGACAGAAGAAGGGGCACAAAUAAGCAUAAAACUGGCUGAUGUUAAAAUCCCCACUCUGGAGUUUUCCAAAAUAGAAACUGGAGCCUCCCAAACUGAAAUGGGAGUCAGCUCAGCAAAGAUUGAUGCUUCUCUGCCUCCCUCAGAGGGGAGUUUUCAACAAGUUGUCCUCAAAUCAAGUUCUACUGAUGAAGAUACAAUUCAAAAAACAGGUAUUAAGUUCACCAAAGGAGAAGCUUCAGUUGAACUGAGGAGCCCUGAAAUAGUAACAGAAAGAUCAUCAGUUGUGGAUGGAAGAAAGAUGAAGUUGGAAGGUCCUGAGGGAAAGAUUAAAAUGCCCAAAUUCCAGAAGCCAAAAUUUGGAAUCUCCCUAACAAAAGGGAAAGUCCCAGAGACAGAGAUCAGCUCUCCAGAAAUAGAAGCUGAGCUACCCCAGUUAAAAAUGACAAAUGAAGUUGCCGACAUUUCUGUGGGAGUUCCAGCACCAGAACUUACAUCGGAUAUGUCAGAUUCUGGAGUAGGUGUUUGUAAGAUAAAAACACCCCAAGUUCUGACAGCUGGUGUUGAAGCUCCAAAGGUAGACAUAAGCCCCAAGUUAGUGUCUAAACCAAUGGCAGAGGGAGCUAUUGAGAGCCUUGAGGAGAAAGAGAUAAAAUUAAAAGAAGAAAUAAAAGCUGAAGAAAUUCAGACUGAAGAACAUCAGGGAUGGUUUAAAAUGCCAAAAUUCAGAAUACCUGCAUUUGGCAGGACAUCCUUAAAGGAAAAAAAAGGUGAUGCUGAUAUUGAAAGUAUGGAAAAAGCUCAGGCAGGCAUUCCCUCUGCCAAAGUGCAAACUGAAACAAGUGUUCCUGAAAAUACCUUCUCAUUACCAGUUGCUGAAAUUACUAUUGGAAAAGAAGAGAUUCCAAAAUUAGGAGAUUCUGUGAAGAGUUCUGAUGUUAGCUUGUCAAAGAUGGAAGGAGAUACUUCAUUAUCCACAGAAAGAACAUACAGUAGAGUGAAUAUUCCAAAACCUGAAACUUAUGCAGACAUAGUUAAGCAUGGUGCUGACGGCCAAAAAAUGCACACUUCAGAAUUCACAGUGUCUUCAGCAGAGUUGUCUAAAUCAUACCUAAGUGCUUCAGAAAUUGACAAAGACAAGAGUCUAACAAAUAGGUUUCCUACAUGUACUCUGACUCUUCAAGAUCAUAAAGUCAAAUCACAGGAUAUAGAAGUCCCAAAGGUAGAAAGUUCCACUAAAUUAGAGACUUCAGGAGUAAGAUGUAAAUUGUCACCAGCUGAAAUUACUCUGGAUGCAACACAGGAGAAAAUAGAUGUUAGUCUUCCAGAAGAAGAACUAGAUAUUAAAAAUCAAGAGGCGGUCAUUAAAAAAGAAAAGCUAAAGGGUGAGAUGAAAAUUAUGGGAAAAGACAGUGAAGGAAGCCAGUUAAAAAGGCCUACCUGUGAAUGGUCUAUGACAAAGGGAUCAGAAGAUGGUACUUAUGUUACAGCUAAGCUGGAUGAUGUAAAGGGAGUGAAGAUGGAUGUUAAAAUCGCUAGAGUAGAUCCUGGAAUGAAAUUUCAAGUGAAAAGUAUUGAAAAGGACAUGCCUGCAGGGGUGGAAGUGCAAGUAGAAGAUAGGGCAGAAACAAGUAAAAUUAAAACAUACAAGUUUGAGAUUCCAAAGUUUGGAGUGUUGCAUUCAGAAGUGAAGCAUUUUGAAGAUGACAUCAAUUUGCCAAAGUCAGAAGCUGAUUCAGUAUCUAAAACUGAAAUAGGCACAGCAGAAAUACAGUUUCAAAAACCAGAAAGAUCUAUUGGCCUGAAAAGUCCAGCUCUAGAUCUUACAGAAGCAUCUGCCAGAAUACCAGUGGAAACAGUGGACAAAACACAAGGUGGCCCAGAAGUAAAUAUAAAAAUUCCCAAACUAAAAAUGCCAACAUUCACUUUCAAAGCUCUCCCAACUGAAGCUGAUGUUUCAGUGUCAAAAGUGGUAGCAGAUCCUAAGGGAUCUAGUACUGACAUUGAAGUAGUGCAACUUCAAGAAAGCUCUGCUAUCCCUGGAGAAACACCAGAGGCUCUAGAGGGUGGUAUUCAAAAAACAAAAAGCAAAAUUCUGACACUGACUGAACCUGACAUUAAAACAGCACAGAUGACUACUACCAUAGAGUCCUCCCCUUCAAAUACAGGGCAAGAUAUUCAUUGGUCAUAUGUAGAAAGCCAAGAAGUGAGUGAGACAGUAGAACCCGAGCAUGUUGCUAUUGAAAGGUGUGAGAUUUACACUACUGAAAUACUGAAAGAAUCAGAGAUUCUCUCAUCAGAAGUCAAAACUGCUACUCUGGGAUUCUCACUGCUCAAGGUGAAGUUGCCUGAAUCACAUAGCAACUUAGAAGUGCUAGUCCAGCAACCAACUUCAACAGAAGAUAUAUCAGUAAGCAAACCUAAAUAUGUGGAUGAAAGCUUCGGAGCAAUGGCACAGAGAACUGUCAGUGCUGACUUUAAGCUAUCUGACAAACCACACAGUGAGACUGAAGAAUCUAGUGGAGAAGUAAGCUUGCCAAAGUUAAAAACAUUUGCUGUCGAAGUAAAGCCUUACAGUAAACUUGAAGAGAGUCUUCCCGAUAAGUCACCAGAGGGAAUAACUGGAGGUCCUCUCUCUAAAGAUGAGGAUGUAGAUGAAGCACUAGAAGAUGAAUUAAAAGACAUAACCAAUGAAAAAGAAAAGACUGAUAGUAAAAGAUCUCCUGGAAGAUUCAAAUUUUGGCUUCCAAGUAUUGGCUUUUCAUCUUCUGGUGAUGAAACAAGCACAGAUUCAAAAACAGAAAUAAAAAAAUCAGCUGCAGAAGAUGUGAAACCUGCUGACACAUCAGAUACUGAUUCUUAUAAGCAAACUGAAAAAACUGGAUGGUUUAAAUUUCCUAAGCUUGGUUUCACAUCUCCUUCCAAAAAGGCUAAGACUGCUGACAAAGAAGAGAUGUGUCAUAAAGAGGGAAGAAUCUCAGAUGAAGAUAGUCCAUCAGAUAAACCUGAUGUAUUUUUUGAUGCACAGGAAAGCUUAUCACCUAAAGAAACAACAGAGGGUGAAAUUGAAAUUGAUGGGGCCUCAUCUAAUGUUCCAGUUUCUCGAACUAUCGUGACAUCAUCAGCAAGAACUGAACUAAUCUUGUUGGAAGAAGAAAAAGAUAGUCAAUCUAAUAUUCCUGGAGAUGGAACAAAAUGAAGUUUCUCUUUUCUCAGCCUUCAAUGAAAAUAGAAUAAUCUACAUAUAAAGAAAAUAAUGUUUUCUUAAUUUUCUUGUAACUGAAAAUUAAACAAAACCCAAAGCUGAUAUUCAUGAAAACAGUUGAACAGAAUUUACCACAUUUCAAUUUUCAAAUACAUAGAUGUGCUAUACUCUGCACUAAUAAAAUAAAAAUACUGAUUUCUUCAAAUCUGCCCCAAAGGCAACUGAAGGCAGAGUGGAGCCCAUAGUUCUAGCAAAGUCUGAAAAGAUAACUGAACCAUGAAAGUAAACCACUGAAGGCUCAAUGAUAGCAAAAAGACUUGUUAAAUAGACUUCUCAAAACCACACUGAUUAUGUUUAGAUUAUAGAUUAUUUCCAGAAUGGAGUAUAAACUAGUACUAUGAGAACUAUACUUACCUGUUUAGAUUUUGGACCUUUCUGACCUACUUUUUCUUUCUUAUUAAAAUAUUUUUAUUUUUUUCAGCUAAGGUAAUAUGUAUAUUCCACAGACAUUUUAAAAUGCAAAAUAAAACCAAAAUACUAGUGUAGAGAGACUAAAGCUUUACCUCUCCCUCUCUUUGCAUUUUUUUUUAUUAUUGUGGUGGGUGAUAUUUAGCCUUAAAAGAACUUUUAAAAACCUCAACAGAAUAAAUUCAAGACCAAAAACCAUAUAACUAGUUCACAUUUUUAAGAUAUCAAAAUAAAACAUGCUGGCAAAGAAUAAUUAUUGAAAUGUGGAUAAAUAAAUUUUAAUGUAUAUAUUUACUGGAUAGUUAAAUGCACAGAAUUAUCUGCCACACUGGUGGAAUUGCUUCAGAGAUUUUCUGGGAAAGGAGAUGUAUAUAAUUACUUGCUUCUUUGUUUAUAUUAAUGCUUCUCUCAAGUACACAACAAAAAUCAGAGUGCAUAUGUGACAGCCUUCACAUGUAAUAAAACACUGUCUGUAUUCUUAAUUCACAAUAAAUUUACCAUAUGAAUAA